AUGGCCGCAACACCAGCAACCAAAUACCCCAUUGUGCUCGUCACAGUAGCGACGCGCAAGGAGGGAGUCACGCGAGCAGAAUUCUACAAGCACAACGAAACCUACUACGCACCUCUGCUCAAGGAAAGAGCAGGCAAAGUGCACCCGCUAGCCUGGAACCGACUGUACCACGUUGACGAUUCAGAAGUGCCCACAGGGCUGUCGCGCGUGCUGAUUGGCAGCGCCAGCGCCGACGACAUCUUCGACUGGGAUUGCAAGGGCGAAAUGGUGUUUGCCGACGAGUUGCAUUUGCAGCAGUUUAUCACGUUUAUGCAUUCUGAAGAGGCGCUCGUUAUGCUGGCUGAGGAGGAGAAGUUUACGGAUCCGACCAAGACGAAGUUUUUUGUCAUGAAGAGGGGUGGGUGUGAGAUUGGGUUGUGA